UCCAGUAUCAGCAGCUUACUUAUCAAACAGCUAAGAACAAAUAAUGUUUUAGUUUUUAAGGUAAAUUGGUAUUUUCAGUUGGACAUAAUUAGAUUAAUGGUCAUUAGGGAACAAUGCAUGAGUAUAAGAGUGAUAUAGUGGGAGAAUUUAGGUCUAAUUAAAUGGACAUAACAUGUUGAUGUCAAGUUUAAUCUUUGACUCCACGUUCGCUGUCACUGAUUCUUUGAUCAAAAGGAGCGUGUUACAGAUAAAACUUAACACGGGAAAAAGGACUAAACUACGUUCAUAAACUGGCGAAUAUUUACGAGUAAAGAUAUAUCAUCUGCCUAAAUAUGUGACACCAUAUUAAUCUACAAGUGGUUUGACACAUUAAAGUAACCAUCUAAAGUAGUGUAAAUAAAUAACAAAAAAAAUGGAAAUGAAUAAUGUAAAUUUCACGGCUCGUGUAGAGGAAUCCACUACGAAGUUAGGUAAGAUAGUGCAGUCAAGGGACAAUGAUAUAGUUGUAGCAGAGCAGAACAAGUAUGCACAUGGAGCUAUGGAGUUGCCCAAGGAUUAUAUUUUGGAUUACGUGGAAUAUAGACACGUGUUAGAAGAUUGCAAUGCUUCUAUUCACAAAACACCAUAUCCGUCAGAUGGUGGAACCUACUGUAAUGCAACAUGGGACCGCAUGCAGUGCUGGGGCUAUACAAAGGCAGGUGAAACUGUUCUACAACCAUGUCCGGCGUACAUUACACUUUCCAAUCCAUUAGCGUAUUCAAAAAAAGUCUGCAACAGUGACGGCACAUGGUUCAGUCAUCCAGUGACAGGAAGAGUCUGGACAAACUACACAAUGUGUUAUGACCAUACCUUAGUAGAAAACCACAAGCGUGUGUUAUACAUGUACUACUAUGGUUUUAGCAUCUCUAUUGUUCUUCUCAUAAUUUCUUUGAUAAUAUUCUCAUUAUUUAGGCAGUUGAAAUGUGUUCGUGUAACAUUGCACAAACAUCUGUUUUCAUCUUACAUCGUUACUGGUGCUCUCUGGAUUAUGUACUACGCGAUGGUACCUAUGAGCUCAGAUGUGCUUCUACACAAUCCGCUAUGGUGCCAGAUUCUUCAUGUGUUGACCCACUACUUUACGGUGUGUAAUUAUGCGUGGAUGUUCUGUGAAGGAUUCUACUUACACGCCCUUAUGGUAAUAGCUUUCACCAAAGACAAGAAGUUGUUAAUAAUAUGCUAUCUUAUUGGAUGGGUGUUCCCCAUUCUACCAACACUAAUCUAUACGAUUAUUAGAGCUCUGUAUAGCGAUGACAAUAAUAGGUGUUGGACAGGAGAUUCAAACUUGCAUUGGAUAUUGGCUGGACCAAUUAAUGCUUCACUUAUUGUGAAUUUCAUCUUUUCUAUCAAUAUAAUGAGAAUACUACUGUCAAAGCUGCGUUCAGUGCACACCAACGAGACGAUGCAGACAAGACGAGCAGUGCGAGCCACAUUGAUUCUGAUACCGUUGCUAGGACUUCAGUAUAUUGCCUUCCCUUUCAAACCACCACCAGGAUCGGACGGAGAGUAUGUCUAUGCCAUGAUAUCGGCAUUUUUAGUGUCAUUUCAGGGUGUAUUUGUGUCGGUUGUUUUCUGUUUCUUCAAUGGAGAGGUAAUCCGAUGUUUCAAGAAAAAGUGGCACCGCUUCAGGAUGGAGAGAUCUAAAAAAUACCGCGAUAGUAAAAAUAGCGGUAAACAAAAUGGUGAAAGCCGAUCCAUGUUGCGAUCAAUGACAUCUGAGGGAGAAACUAAGGUCACUCUUCAGACAAUCUCAACUAAUAAUAACUGUGAUUGAGUCUUCAUUAGUUUAAGGUUAUGAAUAAAGAGUUUGACUUCUAGGCACUCACAGCAAAUUCAUACUGUGCUUAAGUGUUGUGGUAGACCAUUGUGUAAACAGGAUCUAAUUCAACUAGCAUCAUGUGUGAAAGACGUGUAGGUCUGCAUGCUUAUUUGUAAAGUUGUACCACAUAACUACUUUACAUGUACAGUACAUGAAUCAAGCUCUAGGACAUUCUCUUAAAAACUGCGUCCGUGUAGACACUUGCUACAUUCAUACGUUCAACAGCUAAGUGUAAAUGUUGUAAUGUGCAUUAAUUAAAUAUCUAGUAACUUGCCUUGCUGGAAGGUUGCGCAGUACGAACAGAAAGAUGGUUCAACAGGCACUGACUCUAAAUGUUAAUGGAAUCAGUAAAUUAACCUUUCAUAGGUGACGGUAGUAUUAUAAAAGUGAUAAAACUACAUCUGACUGACUGCCUGGGGUUUUAUGAGCUGCAAAGCAAACGGUAAUGAAGUGUAUCUACACCUUGAAUCACAUUUUAAUCGUUUUGUGAUUGCCAAGAUUAUGUUGUGUUUGCAAACACUGAUUCAAUAGAUAAUGGAUUAAGUUCCAUAGAUCGCCGUUAUACCGAAACAAUUAACUGUUAUUUUCAGUUAAAAUGUUUGAUGUGCUCAUCUGUCAACAUAAGAUCAAUUGUAGUUCCUCUGGGUUGCAAAAGUAGAACUAGUUCUUUUUAAUACCUGAACGGAUUUUAAAAUUACUUUGCAAGUAGGACGACUCGCAGCCUUUAAACUAUGGCCAUGUCAGGUUGAAUUGAUAAUAUGAAAGUUCAGGUAAGCAGUAUUUUAUGUCCUCUCUUCGUAUACAUCGGCACAAGUAAUUGGACGACAUGCAGAACGCAACUUUCAGACAUGUGCGUUCAUUAUCAUUAGCAAAUGGUAAGGUCAAAUGUCAAAUAGGCAGUCCAAAUGUUUUAAACUUUUUGAGCAAUUCUGGAAUAACUUGGUACAUAUGUUAAGGAAGUUCUGCACUUUUGGUUAACCAAAAGUAAUGCUGCAACGUUAUUUAUCCGGACAACGUAGAAUAAAGCUGUGUAUCUUUCUACAUAUGAAGUAUGAUAUUUAAAAAAUUGAUCACAAAACAGGUACAGAUUGUGUCUCACAAUCGGCUUGAAAUGUGAGGAUUUCUUUAAUCAUGGUCAGUUGUCUCCAAACAACUAGCGCAUUAACCUAUACAUUUUAUUUUACCAUAAUAUUAUAAAAGAUUAUUUUUUAUUUACGCAUGUGAGGAGUUUCAUUAAAAUCUACAUCGUAGACAAAUUUCUAUUCGCGAAAAUGUAUUAAAUAUUUGAUUUUCCACAUGGAUUCCAAUUAUGAAAACCUUGUAGGUUCAAAUGUUUUAAAACUGGCUAGCAAAAUAUCAAGCAUCCGAAUCUUUUAUUUAUUUGCUAGGCUUUCUAAGUAUAUUCUGAAGAUCUGAAAACUCGGGUUUUAAUAAAUUUCUACAUAGUAGAAAAACAAUUUACCCGAACGUGCAGAACUACUUUUAUCAAAACGUGUCGGCAAGAAAAACAACGCGUUCGGUCACUUCAGUGCAUGGGACCAAAGGCCGGAAAGCAUUAUUUUUGAGCGAGAGCAUUUUCAAAUAACUUUGCACAAAUACUAACUAUAAUUAAAAUAUUCCAAAUGUCAUAUACAGUCAUGGAAUUUCAUUAUCAAAUUUAUACAAUGAAGUCAGAGGUUACCUAGUCAGGUCAGUAGUUUGUGUCCUUCCUAUAUCUGUUAAACUCUUUCAACACUUUUAGUAUUACUGUGCAUGGAUGUAAACCACAACAAGAUGAUAUAAAGAGGGCAGCUUUUGGUAAUAUAAAUUAAAAAUCAUUGUCAUGUUUUGUGGUCCGACAAUUAUGCUUCCAUUUAAUUGAAAAAGCAUUGGAUGAAAUGUGUUGUUUAAAAGCAAUCACGACUAGUUAUUGACAUACACUACUUAAGAAUUGCUUUUGAAAAAUUAUGACGGGAAAUAUUUGUUAAUUGUUUGGUUCUGAAAGUCGCUUAAUUCGGAUCUACUUUUUACUUUUCUUUCAUUUACUAACAUUUGUAUUUUAUACUAUUUAUUAUUGUUUGCUCAACAUUUAAUCAAGAUUAGGUUUGCACUUGGACAUACAUAGUAGCGGUGAUGCUAAUGUCUUUGUCAUUCUUUUAUGAUAAGUCAUAAGUUUUCUUGAUUUGUUUUUGAAGGACUUUGAAGUGCGUACAUGUAAGAUUUGCUCAAUUGAAUUGAUGUAAAAUAAUGACCGAUGAAAAUGAAUAUGUUGUCGAUGAUGAUUUAAGUGAUUUAAAGAUGUCAGAAUGAUCAACAUUACUCGAAGGUAAAUCGUGUGAAGCCAUGUCCUGUUAUUAAUUGAUUUACGAUAAUAUUAAUAGAUGAUUUUACCAGAUCUGUUAUGGGUUUUGAUAAAGAUCAAUAAUGCAUUCAGUGGUACAAAUAAAUUUAGUCAAAUACGAGUCAACAGGCUGUUGUUAUAAACUGUCUUUGGAAAUUCCAGUGAAAUAUUAUUGAAACAGGUCAUAUUACAUUUCUGAAGUAGAAACACACUUACAUUGCUUACUAUUAGAUAACUUGAAGGAAAGCAAAUAUAUAUAAAUCAUACAAUCUAGAAAUAUUCGUCCAGUAUUUAGUAUGCUUUAGAAGACAUUGAUGACAUACUGUAUAAAUUGUAUAUUAUGAUGUCAUAUUCAUACCAUAUUACGGUAAUGUGGUUCGAAACCUUUUGUAUGAUUGAGCAUGUAAAGAGCAUGUAAAUACAUAUUAUUUCUUUAUCUGUGAUUGUUUGCAAAACAUGAAGAAUAUAAUUUUUACACAUCUUUUUAAUUUGAUGAAAGGAAACUUUUUUCUUGGUAAGUUUGUUUUGUUUUUGUUAGGUUUAAGGUGCAUUGACAAAAUUUUAGGUCAUAUGGCGACUUUCCAGUUUUGAUGGUGGAAGAAGACCCUAUGUGCCCCUCCUUGAAUCAUUUCAUUACGAGCGGGCAUCUAGGUAGAACCAUCGACCUUCCAUAAGCCAGCUGGAUGGCUUCAUCACAUGAAGAAUGAGGGAGGUUCGAACCCGCAUCGGUGAGAGGCAAGUGAUUUGAAGGCAGCGACCUUAACCACUCGGCCACGGAGGCCUCCUUCUCGAUAAGUGGAAUGUCAAAGUUAAAUAAUGAUAUCAGAUUAACACUAUUUAUGUUCAGAGAGUGUCAACGUAUUAUCAAACUAUUGAUACUGAUUUGUUGAAAUACAUUUAUAAAAUAGUUCAUUUUUAACUGAAAUAAAGGAUAUUUCAUUAUA